AUGAAUGCCCCAGACCUCCGCGAUCAGGGCACCGGAUCAUCUGAUCAGCACAAAUACGGUCGGUCAUCGUCAUCUGGUGGGCAUUUCGGCCAUUCCAGCCCUACCGACUGGCCUGCAGCUACACCGUACAGCCGCGGCGUCUUCAAACCCCGUCAAACGGAAGGUGAGGAGCUGAAGAAAGUCCUUACCCUUUUACCCCUACCUCUACCCCUCCCAUCAGCGAUUGCGAUAUCCUUGGCGUCUCCUUCUCGAAUCCCUAUCGACGGGGAAUUUGAAGCCUCAGCCAUGUAUUGGACUAUCAAGAUAUGCGGGGGUGGAGAUGGUUAG